GCCGGAAGAGGCCCGCCGGAAGUGGCGCGCGCUUGCUCAGUGAGCUGGAGCUGUCGGUGGUUCGCCGGCCGCUCGGCUGCCUUGCGAGCCUCCGUAGGGCUUUCGGGCCGGUAGGCGAGGAAUGGAGCCGGCAGGCGGCGGCGGCGGCUCCUCCUCCACAGAUCCACGAAGCACCUACGUGCUGAGUAACCUUGCGGAGGUGGUGGAGCGUGUGUUUACCUUCCUGCCAGCCAAAGCUCUGCUUCGGGUAGCCGGAGUAUGCCGCCUGUGGAGGGAGUGUGUGCGCAGAGUGCUGCGGACCCAUCGCAGCGUGACCUGGAUCUCCGCGGGUGUGGCGGAGGCGGGCCACCUCGAGGGACAUUGCUUAGUCCGCGUGGUAGCUGAGGCGCUUGAGAAUGUUCGAAUCUUACCACAGACAGUUCUUUACAUGGCAGAUUCUGAAACUUUCAUCAGCCUGGAAGAGUGUCGUGGCCAUAAAAGAGCAAGGAAGAGAACUACUAUGGAGACAGCAUGUGCCCUGGAGAAGCUUUUCCCCAAACAGUGCCAAAUCCUUGGGAUUGUGACCCCGGGAAUUGUAGUGACUCCAAUGGGAUCAGGUAGCAAUCGACCUCAGGAAAUAGAAAUUGGAGAAUCUGGUUUUGCUUUAUUAUUCCCUCAAAUUGAAGGAAUAAAAAUUCAGCCCUUCCAUUUUAUUAAGGACUCUAAGAAUUUAACACUCGAAAGACACCAACUUACUGAAGUGGGUAAGUUAUUGUUAUUUACUGGCUAUGAGCACUUGAGUGCAGGUGCCCUUAGAGAGCAGACAUGUUCUCUGGAGCUGGAGUCCCAGGUGAUUAUGAACCGCUUGGUUAUUUCCAGGAACCCUCUGGAUAUUGAUGCCACAGGUGUGGUUGGACUGUCAUUUAGUGGACAUCGAAUCCAGAGUGCCACAGUUCUCCUCAGCGAGGAUGUAAAUGAUGCCAAGACCGCUGAGGCUGCCAUGCAGCGCCUCAAAGCAGCCAGCAUCCCUGAACAGAACACCAUUGGCUUCAUGUUUGCGUGCGUUGGCCGAGGCUUUCAGUACUACAGAGCCAAGGGCAAUGUUGAAGCUGAUGCAUUUAGAAAGUUUUUUCCCAGUGUCCCCUUAUUUGGCUUCUUUGGAAAUGGGGAAAUUGGAUGCGAUCGGAUAGUCACUGGGAACUUUAUCCUGAGGAAAUGUAAUGAGGUAAAGGAAGAGGAUCUGUUUCAUAGCUACACAACCAUCAUGGCUCUCAUUCACCUAGGGACCUCUAAAUGAGCCGCCUUGUUGAGAGUGGCUUUCACAGGAUGUAACUUUGGGAGUUUCUCUUUUUUAAAAAAAUGGAAACUCGAGAUACAAAUAUUUUAAACAAAACUAGCUAUGUGUGUUUUGUAGCUUUGAGUGAUGCUCUAAGAUCACUUUGGGAUGAUUUUUUUAAUAUAUAGAUGAAGAAUGUUAAUGUUGUAAGCACACAAGUCAAGAAGUGAGGCUGUUGUUAGGUGCCAGCAAAGCUGCUGUGGGCGGCCACUGCAUAAGCGCCCUGCGAGGUUGAGAGGGCCACAGGAAGGUGGAGGUUUAAGUAGUGGUUGCUGAACUUUUAGCAGAAUCAUGACUUAAUAAAGGAGAAAAUUAAAGGAAUGGUUUGAGACGUUUUGCAGAAGCUGUAACAAAUAUUACUGACUUUUUACUUUCCUGAUAAAGACCUACCUUUGUUUUGUUACUGUAUAAAGUUGUGAAUUACCGUUUUCCUCUUUAUAGUAAAGCGACUGCAAGGGAACCGUCUUUAUCACAUAGUUCUGAAAAUCAUAUCACCAUAUUUUGGUUUUACACCAAUAAAAUAUACUUGAAAACCCAA